AUGAGAAAGAUGACCAUUGAUUUUAUAUGUAAACGACACCAGUCUUGGUUUUUUCUCCUCAAUAUUUUAAUCCUUUUCGAAUUAAUUGUUUCUACUCACGGUGAGAUUGAUAUUUUCACAUCAUCAUCAGCAUCGUCUCUAAAUGGAAAUUCAAUUCGACGUCGUCGUCCAUCUACAACAUCCUCACGUCCAUUAACUUAUGGAGGAAGUUCAUCAACGCCCGAUUGUGAUCAUGGUGGUUGCUAUCCAGCAACGGGUGAUUUGCUAAUAGGUCGUUCAGCGAAUCUUUAUGCCAGUUCAACAUGCGGUCUGCGUCGUCCUGAACGUUACUGUUUUAUCGGAAAUUUAAAAAAUGUUAGCUGUGAUGUCUGUGAUGUUAAAGCUGUGAAUAAAUCCCAUACAAUUGAUCAAAUUGUUGCGCGAACACCAGGUGAUCUGAAUAAACAUACUCAAGCUUGGUGGCAAGCAGAAAACGAUCGUGAAAACGUCACAAUUCAAUUAAAUCUCGAAGCGGAAUUUGUUUUUACACAUUUGAUCAUGAGAUUUCGAACGUUUCGACCAAAAGGUAUGAUUAUCGAAAAAAGUGCAGAUUUCGGCAAAACUUGGCGAGUUUACGCAUAUUUUGCGGCAUCAUGUUCGAAUCAAUUUCCUUUUGUUCCAACAUUACCAUCACUUGACCAACCCUAUUGUGAAAGUCGAUAUUCCGAUGAUACACCAUCUACGGGUGGCGAAGUCGUUCUUCGUGUUCUUUCGCCAAGUACACUUGGCAAUCGUGAUCCUUAUUCACCAAGCAUUCAAGAAUUAAUUAAAAUCACAAAUUUGCGUAUUAAUUUUACAAAACUCCAUACCCUAGGUGAUAAUUAUUUAGAUAAUCGACAAGAGACAACACCAAAAUAUUACUAUGCACUCUACGAGAUGGUGAUUCGUGGUUCAUGUUCAUGCUAUGGCCAUGCCAAACGUUGCAUACCAACCGAAGAGGAACUGAAAGGAAAUAUUACGACUAUUGGCAAAGUUUACGGUCGAUGUAACUGUACACAUUAUACGGAAGGUUUAAAUUGCGAACGUUGUGCUGAUUUAUAUAAUGAUCGGCCGUGGCGUCCAGCUCGUAUUGGUGAACCCAAUCCUUGUCGUUUAUGUGAAUGUCAUGGGCACGCAAAACGAUGUCGUUUCGAUGCAGUACGAUAUGCCCAAACGAACUAUACAUCAGGUGGUGUUUGCGAAGAUUGCGAACAUAAUACAAGUGGGCCACGGUGUGAAUUUUGCAAGGAUCUCUUUUAUAAGGAUAAUUCUCUUCCAAUAACUGAUCCUCAUGUUUGCAAACCAUGUAAUUGUGAUGCAUAUGGAACAAGAAACAAGGGUAGCUGUGUGCAAUACGAUGAUUCACAAUUGAACCUUCAUGCCGGACAAUGUAUUUGUAAAGAAUUCGUCGAAGGACAACGAUGUGAUAAAUGUAAAGCAGGAUAUUACAAUCUUGAUUAUAACAAUCCAGAAGGAUGUCAAGCUUGUGAUUGUCAUCCGUACGGUAUUAUUGAUAAACAAUGUGAUACAACAACUGGUAUGUGUCAAUGUAAACCGCAUGUAGUUGGACAACGUUGUGAUCAGUGUCAAGAGAACUACUAUGGAUUAAAUGAAAAUUCUCCUGAUGGUUGUCGACCAUGUUCGUGUUUCCCAGGUGGCUCGUAUUCUUUACAAUGUGAUAUCGUCACAGGACAAUGCCCAUGUCGAGAAGGCAUGAUUGGACGACAAUGUGAUACACCGACUGCAGGUACCUAUUGUGCCGGCUUACAGUUCUUUACCUACGAAGCAGAAUUGGCACGAGUAGAAGAAAAAAAAUCUGUUAUAUUCACAUACGACAAUCCAAAUGAACAACGUUCGUGGACAGGUACAAGUAUUGUCAGAAUAUACGAAGGUGGCUCAUUGGAAUUCGAUGUCUAUCACAUGGCGCGUACGGGUCUUUACAACUUAAUCGUUCGAUAUAUGCCUGCUCCGAACACAUGGGAAAAUGCACGGAUUGUUGUCAUAUCACAAAAUCGAACUCAGCCGAAUAUUACUAUAUGUGGUAAUCAAACAUACGAACAAGAUGAAAACUUUAAAUUACCAACGAAUAAGACAUUUAAUGAAUUGUCGAAGCCAUUGUGUUUGAAUGAAAAUGAGCAUUAUAAAGUACAAUUACAGCUGAUUAAAUAUGGCCAUGGAGAGAAUCCACGGGAUCCAGUCAUCAGUAUUGAUUCAAUCGUUUUCGUUCCAAUAAUUGAUAAAAUUGACAUGUUUGCGAAACAUCCGCUUCUCCUGAACGACUAUGAAACUCAGCAGUGUAAACCACUGGCAUUAACUGUGGCUAAGCCAGCUGAAUUACCUGAAGUAUGUCAAAAAAUUGUCUGUGGUUUAAGUGCAUUGACUAUCGGACGAACAUUACCUUGUGAUUGUGAUCCAACUGGUUCUAUCAAUACACAAUGUGAUCCUAUCGGCGGUCAAUGUCCAUGUAAGCCGUAUGUGAUGGGCACGAAAUGUCAUCUGUGUGUCCCUGGUUCGUAUCACUUCUCACCGGAGGGCUGUACAAAAUGCAAUUGUCACAAUAUGGGUGCAUUAAAUAAUCUGUGUAAUGUGGUGACCGGUGCUUGUUAUUGCAGACCGAAUAUAUCGGGACGUGACUGUAGCACGUGUUCGCCAGGUUUCUGGAAUUUUCCAUCGUGCCAACGAUGUGAAUGUAAUGGACAUAGUGAUAUAUGUGAACCAGACACCGGUGUUUGCAUCAAUUGUCGAGAUUCGACUGGUGGCGAUCAUUGCGAAAAAUGUGCGGAUGGAUACUAUGGUGAUGCUCGAUUAGGUUCUUCUCAAGUUUGUAAACCAUGCAUGUGUCCAGGAGGGCCUGGUUCGACUCAACAAUUUGGUGAUUCCUGUGUACAUGACCCAUAUACACAACAGGUUAUGUGUCGUUGUCGAGCAGGAUAUACAGGACCUCGAUGUUCUCAAUGUGCUAUUGCUUAUUAUGGUUCGCCAACAGAACCCGGUGGUCAAUGUCAACCAUGUUCUUGCAACAAUAAUAUUAAUGUUGAUGAUCCUGAUUCGUGUGAUCGUCGAACGGGUUUAUGUUUGAAAUGUUUACACAAUACAGGCGGUCCAACUUGUGAAAUAUGUCGUGCAGGCUUUUAUGGUGAUGCACUUGGGCCGGAUAAAUGCGUUCCAUGCGAUUGUGGUAUUGGCGGUGUACAUGAUCAAAUAUGUAACAGCCGGACAGGUUCAUGUAUUUGCAAAGAGCAUGUUGAAGAUACCAAAACCGGUCGACGCUGCUCACAGUGCGUCGAUGGAUAUUGGGGAUUAGGUCGCGGCUAUUGCUCAGAUUGCAAAUGUGAUCCAGAUGGUAGUGAAUCGUCCGUGUGUGAUAAAUUUACUGGUCAAUGCCGUUGUAAACCUAACCGUGGUGGACUUCGUUGUGACCAAUGUCCUCCUGGAACGUAUGGCGAUCCAAAUUCAUGUCAACCAUGUCAAUGUUCCAACGAUGGUGCUGUUAGUUCCGAAUGUGAUUCUCAAACAGGCCAGUGUACAUGUAAACCGGGUGUUACUGGUCAAUUGUGCGAUCGUUGUGCCCGAGCUAAAUACGGUGUUGUUCCUUACUGUUCAACUUGCGGCGCUUGCUUUACUAAUUGGGAUACAGUUAUCAACAGCGUCACCAAUCAAGUUCAAAAUUCAAUUGAUCGUUUGAAUUCCGUCGAAAUUCGUCAACUAGAAUCGAUUACGAACGGUUAUCUAUUCGAACAAGUUGAGUCAUUACUUGAUCAAGCACAAAUAUCUCUCGGUCUGAAAUACACUUCAUCUGAACUUGAUUCAUAUCGAUAUAAAUAUCAAACAAUAACUGAUCGAAUCAAUCGUUUGACAACUUUACUGACCGACGAAUUUCAACCGGAUUUUCUCAAUCAAACGAAACGUUUCCGUUUCGAGGAAGAUCUUUCUCACACGACGAAUGUUAUCAAUGAAACAUACAAACUAAUCGAUUUCUAUAAGAAACAAUUCAAUCGUGCCAAACACGCAGACUUACGUUCAGCCGGUAUCAGUGCUCAAACAGUUGAACAAGAACUGACCGAAAUCAAAAAUCAACUGUUACAACUGAAAGAUUACAGCACUCAACAGCAAAUACGAUUGGAACGAUUAAAUGCAAGUGUGAUGGCAAACAACGAAGAACAUCGAUUGAAAACACAGCAAACCAAAGAGCAAAUCAAAAAUUUCACUGAAACUUUCGAAGAAUUCAAUGACAAAUACGUGAAUAAGGGAAAUGUCAGCGAACUUCUCUGCGGUUCACGCGGUAUUCAAAAUGAUCAAUGUUCAAUCUGUGGUGGUGAAGGAUGUCAAUCUACAUGUGCAAACUCGACAUCUCAAUGUUCGGCAAGCAUUCAUGGACAAUUGAAUCAACUAAUAACUACCAUCGAUUCCACCCGAGACGAAUUGAUUAGAAAACAAAAUGAAACUACUGCGAUAUACGCACAACAAUAUGAUAUUGAAAAAGAUAUAAGUCAAGUAUUGAACCAAAUUCUUCUCGAACAACAAAAAUUUGCAUCAUUUAAUCUGACGUUGAACGAAACGAGUACAAAUAUUGAUUUAAUUCAACAACAGAUCACGAAUUUAACCGAUGUUUUACACGAUCGUAAACCAGCGGAUAUUCGAGAAUUGAUCGAUCGAAUCUUGUCGAAGAGAAUUUCGUUAAAGUCAAAUUAUUUGGAAGAAGUUAUUCGAGAUAUUCGCUCAUUAGUCGAACAAGCGCAGAAGAGUAGUCAAACGGGCGAUGAAUCGGAAAAGAUUCGUGAUGCAACACUAAAAUUGAAUCGCGCGCAAACGAUCGAAAACGAUUUAACAACUUAUGUCAGAUCGUACAAUGAGCAACAAAGUGGCAUUGAAUUAUUGGAUAAUCUCGUCGAUAAACUUGAUAACGAAACCAAUGAACUGAAACGUUUGGCAAGCGAAACCAGCCGUCGUGUUGACGAAUUGAAAACUGCUGUUAUACAAACAUCAGAUUUACUCGAUAAAUCAGAGCAAAAUCUGAAUGCAACACGUGAACGUCUAUUGCAAUUACAAGCGGCAGAGCAAACACUCAAUUCCAGUAUUCGAAAUUCCAUUGAAGUCAUCGCCAUUGAAACCGAACGAAAUAUCAAUGAUUUCCUACCUAAAUAUCUCGAUGAUCUAAACGAAGAUUUGAUCAAGCUCAACGCUCAUUUCGUUAAUUACACACGUGAUAAGCAGGAUCUACCAGCUGAAACACGUUCUACUGCUGUUCGUGUACGUACAUUGAACACAAAUGUGAAAACUUUACAACAGAAAAUUACUCAAUAUAGUUCGAAACUCAAUGAUGCAUUGAAAACGUUUGAUACCAGUCGUCAAACAAUGCCAAAUAUUCAACGUUUCGAACAACUACGAGACACGGCACGAACAAACAAGUUUUCUGAUUAUUCAACAUUAAAACGUCACUCAUCUGAUAAUGACCGAGUCGUAAAAAAUCAAUUAUCUACCGAUUCUGCAUCUUAUAUAAGACAACGUCCAUCUUUGCCAAUAUUACAUCAAAUGCAUCAACAUACAACCGAUGAAUCGACAAUUGGCGUCCCUAGCCGAUUAUGCAGUGUAUGUGGUGAUACGAGUACCGGAAUUCAUUUUGGUGGUAAUAGUUGCGAAAGUUGUAAAGCGUUCUUUCGUCGAUCCGUUCAAUGUAAUCGUUUUCAAAACUACAAAUGUUCAAACGAUGAGAAAUGCGUAGUCAAUAUCGUUACACGAAAAGUUUGUCAAUUUUGUCGAUAUACAAAAUGCACGGCUAUUGGAAUGAAGCCAAAAUGGGUUCUAUCGGAUCAAGAGCGAGAGGAGAAAUAUGGCGCUCGACGAAAACGUUUCCGAGAAAAUCGGACAAAUGAUGAAGAUCCAGAUAUUUAUAAAUAUUUAACAAAGGAAGAAAAACUGCUCAUUGAAGAUAUUGCACAUGCUCUUUAUCAAUCGCGAGCGACGUAUCCACUGAAUUUUCCGCAUACAUCCGCUUUAUUUACUAAAUCAUCCAAUGAAACUUCGACAGCUCAAACAAGUACAAGCGAGAAACCUUCGAGUGAACCAGCGAAUUUUCUCAUCGUUCCUAUUCAACGUCUUGUACUAUUCGCACGAAUGCUCAAAGACUUCGACUUAUUUUCCGAAGACGACAAAGUUUGUCUAUUGAAAGGUUCGGCUAUUGAAAUCAUGGUUUGCUCAUCAACAACAUUAUUUAAUCCCAAGACAUACACAUUUACGAACUAUUUAUCGCGCGACCAACGUGCGCUGAUGGACGAACAAAUUUUACCUCUUGAUCCGUUAUUAAUUCGAUUAUGGGGUGACGAGAUUUUCAGUCGCACACGAAGUUUUCUCAUAUCAAUGUGUAACCUACACAUCGAUGAAGUUACAUCAACACUAUUAGUUCCGAUUAUCUUGUUCUCGCCGGAUCGUUUGAAUAUUCAAAAUCUGGACUUAGUAAAGCAGUUACAAGAAAAAUACGCAUCAAUUUUGCGGAAAUACAUGAAUUGGCGAUAUGGAACUGAGCAGACUGAUCGAAUCUAUCCAAGACUUUUACUUCAAACGACGAGUCUGCGAACGUUAAGUUCAGCACAUGGAGAAAUCAUUCAGAAAUUCAUUGCGACAACUAAUGUCAAUCCACUUGUCCAAGAGAUAACUAUUAAACCGGAAAUAUACAACAGAACAGUUUCGGAAAAAAUGGAUUCUUUUUCGAUGACGUCAUCGCCAUUGGAUUCUGAAAUGUUAGAUUUUGAUAAAACUCCAUCAAAUGAGACGGAGAGUAACACUGGUUCGGAUGAUGAAGAUUUGAACAAGAAAAAGAAUCGUUCGUUUGAUGAACAUAUGGAUUUUGAUAAUGAUGAUUUGGGCGAGACAGAUCUGCGUAACAUCUGGCGGAAAAGACGGAAAAUUUCCACGCCGACCCAAUCGUCAACAACGACGACGACGACACAAAACGACCGAACAUAUUACGAACAAAACAAUCCCAAUAAUAAUAAUAAUAAUCAGAGAAAAAGUUCUAACGAACAGAAACAUAUGGAUAAAUAUUCAACAACUACCUAUUCACAUAUAAAACGAUUCGAUCAUCAAGUACCAGCUGUUGUACCUGUUCAUCAUGAUGACACAAUGCUUUUAGCAAGCGGUGGACCUGCUGCUAAUCUACAAGAUCAGUUUCGACAAAUGUCAGAACAAAAACAAUCAUUUCUUGCAAGUCCACAAUACAUUCAACAACUGCAACAACUGUAUCAAGCGAAUUCAUCACCAUCCAACGAUCUUUCGUCAUAUGACUUUUCUUCAGCAGCGAAUGCCAUGACUUAUAAUUCAACAUUAUCACCACCACCUGAGCAUUAUUAUGAUCCAUCAACAUAUGAAACCCAUCGGCAACAAUAUGCACAAAUUUCUCCAGUUCCUUCUCAACAACAGCAAAAUGAACAAGAGUUUAGUCAUCUAUCAAUAGCAAAUAAUCAAAAUCUAACACCCCCGAUUCAGUCUGCAACAAGUUCUCAUUAUCAAUCGUUAACAAAAACAGCGACGGAAGAAAACGAACAACAUCUAUUAGAUGCAAUUCAUGCUCAUCCACAAAAACGUGAUCUCGUCAUGAAUCUUCUACGACAAAUCGAACAGGAAACAUCUCUCACUCGUCAUCAUCAACAACAACAACAACAGCAACACUCGAAUCCAUCGAGAGAAACGAAAUCACAUGAAGAUAAUCCGAACAUGGACAGUGAUGACUUGCUAUAA